GUACACGUGGCACACACGGCGAGUCCGCGCGCCGCGUCUCACGCGCGAGGGGGGCUUAUCGUAGCGGCGCGCGCGGGAUUGUGGGACGGCGGCGGCCUAGUCUUGACGGACAGGCGGGGGGGAAAAAUCUCUAAAUCUCUCUAACUCUGCCUGAAAUAAGAGCGAGAGAACAACCAACAACAACAACAGGUUUAUUUUAUUCUGACAGCGGGCGUCUUCACAGAAUCGACCAGCCAUGGGUCAGGAGGACAUCAUGAGCACGGCGGAGGAUGUCGCGGAUCAGUUCCUUAGAGUGACGAAACAUUACCUGCCUCACCUGGCGCGGCUGUGUCUCAUCAGCACCUUCCUGGAGGACGGCAUCCGCAUGUGGUUCCAGUGGUACGAGCAGAGAGACUACAUCGAGGCCACCUGGGGCUGCGGGUACUUCCUGGCCACGUGCUUUGUGCUGCUUAACCUAUUAGGACAGCUGGGUGGCUGUGUCUUGGUUCUCAGUAGAAAUUUUGUACAGUAUGCUUGCUUUGGAUUAUUUGGCAUUAUUGCACUACAGACUGUCGCCUACAGUAUCCUAUGGGAUCUAAAGUUUUUGAUGAGGAACAUGGCUCUGGGAGGCGGGUUGUUGCUCCUCUUGGCCGAGUCACGCUCUGAGGGGAAGAGCAUGUUCGCCGGGGUGCCUACGAUGGGCGAGAGCUCCCCGAAGCAGUACAUGCAGCUGGGUGGUCGUGUGCUGCUCGUCCUCAUGUUCAUGACCCUGCUGCACUUCGAUUCCAGCUUCUUCUCGAUCCUGCAAAACAUGGUAGGCACGGCGCUCAUCAUUUUGGUGGCCAUCGGCUUCAAGACCAAGUUGGCGGCUCUUACCCUGGUGGCGUGGCUCAUGGCCAUCAACGUCUACUUCAACGCUUUCUGGACGGUUCCCACCUACAAGCCCAUGCAUGACUUCCUCAAGUACGAUUUCUUCCAGACCACGUCGGUCGUCGGUGGCCUGCUGCUAGUGGUGGCUCUCGGUCCCGGGGGCGUGUCCAUGGACGAGAAGAAGAAGGAGUGGUAAGAAGACUUCUUCCUCUACAAUAAAAGGGGAAGGAGGGAAAAAAAAAAUAAGUUAAUCUACUGCCCAGGACAUAAGGACCCACAAAUCUUAAAACAACCCAGUCCAACCCGGAGCCACCUCUCUUCAUUCUCUUCUUCACCUGCCUUUUUUUUUUUUUCAUUUCUCUUGCUUUUUGUUUUUACAAAUUUACAAUGACAAAAAUAUAAUUUUUUAAGAUGCCUGAUUAUAUCCCAGUGUAAAGAAAAGAAGAAGAAAAAAAACAGCCUGAAUGACAUGGAACUGUCUGAUUUAAUGUUAUUUUGCUUUUCUUCCCCCCUGUCACUGUUGUCCAAGCAUUGUAAAUGUCCCCCUGUUUGGGGUGUUUCGCUUUUUCCUGCACAUUGCUUAUACGGUUGUUAUUUUUUAAAACACUUGAGAAAUAGCUGUGAAUGUGUACACAUGUACAGUAUAAACUCUGUGAAACGACAGUAAUUUAGCGAUCUAACUGAAAGAUGCUUCUAAAUAAUGAACUGAUGCUCUGGCUUUUGGGGUGCACAGAGUCUCCUGUAACACUGGUCGUGGUUCAGAUGAGAAGGGCGGGGGGAUUCGAUAUGUUUUAAGCCCCCUACGGAAUAGUAAGGCGGAAUCUGGCUGCGGUGUUUUCACACUAGUGGACUGUGUACUGGCUGAAACUAAGCUUGGAUUUAUCGUACACGUAAAAAAACACUAUUUUACACUUCUGCCCAAGUCAGGAGGUCUUUUUUUUUUUUUUUUUUUUUUUUGUCUUGAUCUGUGUUUUUGCUGUCGUUAAAAUAACACAUUGAUUUACAGAAGUUUAUAAUGUAUUUUUUUUUUUUUUUUUUUUUUUGUUGUUUUCAGGCGGAGAAAA